CAUGGCAGUGAAGUUCCAGAGCUCUUGUCAGAAGCAAUCUCCAAGAAGGAAGGGGGUUGUCCUUCUUCUGCUCCAAGCAUCAGAGGAUGGAGGAGCCAAAGGGAUUCACAGGUGCCCCCUUUUGGAGUCAAACGGCAAGAUUUGAUGUGUCAGCAAUUUAUCCAGAUGUCAAGAGACCAAGUACUUACCUGCAGGCCCCAUACACCAAAACGGUCUGCUCAGACUUGAACCGAAAAUUAGGACCAGGCACCUACAGUAUUGACUAUGGAGGCUUCAGUUCUAGUCAUCUGCAUAAGAAGAUGUCAAGCUCUAGUUGGGCGAAAGCCCAGGAGGCAGCAAGGCUCACCAAAAUGCCACAUUUCAAUUUUAAGGAAAUAUGCAGCAGGGCGAAAGCUCUGAAAGCAAAGCUGGGUCCUGGGACUUAUGAGUACUCAGAUUUUCUACAACUCCAAGAGAAACGUCCACACAGCAUUAGAGGAAUAUGUGACACCGGAGCAGUGAGAUUUAAAGACCGCAUCAGGGAAUGUUAUCCUGGCCCAGGAACCUAUGGAAAUCCUUAUGCUGCCCUGGAUAAAAAGGAAAAACGCUCUGUGACUGCACUUGGAAUAAUGGACAGUAAAACUUCAAAAUGCUUCGCCUUUCCCAAUGUGGGAAGUGGUUUGGGACCUGGCACCUACAAUAUCAAAAAUGGGGUGGAUGAGAUGCUGAAACGCGUGGUCAGCUUAAAAGGCCCUUAUGAAACCUUCACAGGAGACAGGUCAAAGCCUAUUGUCUGUGGGCAUUACGCUACUGAUAAAAAGUCCAUCGAACUGAGUGGCACCACAUUGAAGAGCUUCCUGGAAGAACUAGAAUCAAGGGAUAAAAGGAAGCACGGCACUUUCGGCAGUCUUGUUUGGAAUCCCAAGUGCCCCUCCGAUCGGAUCUUCUGGGCCACUGUCAGCCAGUGUCCACGUGAACAAUACCUGACAGGGCCAGGCUCAUACGACAUAAAGCCCAUCAAGAGAAAAGAGUAUGAAAAUCAGCCACCGUUCUGGAUUGGUGCAAAAAGAUUUGACAGGAAAGCAUACCGUCUGUUUGUUGGAAAUGCUAACCCAGUUGGAGUUGGCCGCUAUGAUACUAUGAAACAUGAGAAAUACCGAAAGAAGAUCAGAUACCGUUCGCUUUAUAUGCAUGAUACACAGCGUUACCUUAGUAACCUGGAGAGGGACAAGUGCUUACAGGAGAGGAUUACGCCUGUUAAUAAAGGCCUCCAAAGACUCUGUUAAUCUACCUGAAGACUUGUUGCUUCCUGAAACUUAGUUAAGUCACCAGGUAUCAGCUGCAUUUCUGGUUAAUGUCCAUAAAAAAUCCUGCCAAGAGGACACAGACACCUCAACAUUUGCUAUAUCGUAUCCUGUACCCACCUACAAUCAUUUCUUGGUAUAACACUCAAAUCAAGACACUUGGUGGAAUAUGGUUAAUGUGUUUUUUGAAAACCAGCAUGCUGAUGUAAUUAUAUCAAUAUUAAAAAUGCUAGACACAAACUGAACUGCUGUUACAAGUAGUCAACACCAACAAAAAAUAAUAAUAAUUGUACUAGUCAGUUGUAUGAGUAAAGAAAGCACAGUUUGCAGUUGCUACUAGUUCCUCCAAAUAUUGCAGACAAUCAGGGUCAGGUGUUUUUAAAGUGCCUCUCCUCUGCCAGGGAUCUACCUGGAAAGUCUGAACUCGUAUCAGAAGCACCAAUACAUGCUGGUUGAUGGUCAUGGAGGAGGAGGAGGAGCUUCUUGGCUCCAGUGUAAUACCUGAAGUUAACUUGGCAGGUGUACAACGUAUGUGCACAUAGAAACCUUGUACAAUCCUUCAAUGCAGUCACACGAACAGAAAUAGCAGCAGUUGCUAGAGACAUAAGGCUGUAUCCGGACAGGGAUGAUUGGCAUGAAUACAAGUAGUUGUGUUUCCUA